AUUACAGAGCAGCACUGGCUUUGUUCAUUCUUCCUUCUUUGUCUUUUGCUACAGGAUUUCCUCCCUAGACAGACAAUCUGUCAUUCGAACAAGCCUAAAACAAAAAGCUAACUGGCUUAGCCAGCUGUUUGUCUGAGUGACUAGUAACAUACAGCACAAAAACGCGAACAACUAAAGGAUAUUACCUUGAAUUUAUACGCUCACGGUCGAACAACAAACAAGACAAAGCACAAUGAAGGUGCGCCAGUGGCUGAGAGAAUGAGGGAGAGAGAAGAAGACAUGCUCAGAAUACAGUUACGGCCUGUGUCAGUUCUCCCAAGAUGGAAUCCCCAAACGCUGCUGCUAAACUUAGCCGAGGAAAACAAUCUAGCUCUCUGCAGGGCGAAGAACACAAGUGCAGUGAUAGACACUCAAGCUCAUGGGAUCACACACACACACACACACAGACUCACACAGACAUUGACACAGUAUGCACAAAUACACUGUAUGAAUACAAAUACCUUCUGACUGGGAGGGUAAUGUGCACUGAAAAUGGGUCAAACAUUGAAAAUGAAAUGUAGCCUAACAUCAUCUGAAUUCCCCUAGAUUUCUCAUUUAUUUCAACAGACAGCCUAAAAAGGUUUAUGUUUAGUGACAUCACGUGGUCAGUAUGUGUAACAACAAUGAAGGAUCCACAAAUACUGUUGGUGUUGUUGGAUUCAAUGCUAUGCAAAAGUAAAUAGAUGGAAUCCCAGGAGCAAGCUGAGGUUAAAUGCCUGUUUUAAGGAUGUAAUAAUAACAAGCUUGGUUACUCUAGAAAUUAAUUGAUUAUUGAAUCAAGGGAAAAGUCUCAAAGCCUGACCCACAAGAGUCACCGGUAACUUCUGGUCUUAGUAACAUUUUGGGUAUUUUGGAAUUUUUUUCUUUAUAUUCAAUUUCAAAUAUUUUAUCCAAAGAGACAUUGCGUUCAAGUUUUUUUUUUCAUGCAUUCUUUUAGGAAUCAAACCCAUGACCCUGACGUUACUAGCACCAUGCUCUAUCCUAUUCCUAUUAUGAAAUAUUGUUGGGAUCAUUUAGAACCAUAAUGACAAAGAUUAAUUAGAUUCAGUUACCUAUAAAUACAAUAGCAUAUCAAGAUCUAUUUAUAAAACCUAGAAUCUUCUCUUUUUCUCCUUUUCCAUACAUCUAAUAUCUCUAUUUCUAUACUUCUACCACUCUUUGGAGCACCAUCCCUCAGGAAGCCUCAGGCAUAUUUGAGUAAAAUCUAUCUUCUUAUUAAUUUCUCCAGAGACACUUUCAGACUUUCUGUUUUAAGUCUUUAUUGUAUGGCAGCUUUUGCUCUAAUGUGCCAGUUACUCUACACUGUUUGCUCUCUAUUAGUUUUGCAUGCCACUUUGUAUUUUAUCUAUGUAUUCUUUUACAAUCUUAAUAUCUAAAAUCUUAUUUUCCUGUACUCUAAAAUCUAUUUUUCCUGUACUUUUACAAUGAUUGCACCAUUUCCUGCAAAUUGAAGCAGCAUUAAGACUAACUUUUGCACUGGAGGUGAAAGUACAGCUCACAAUGACCCUGGUUACCCUGCGGCACUAAUCGUCUAUUAUAUCCCUCUUUGCACUUUCUAUAGUCAGUCAUUAGACCAUCAUCCUCUAUUUUGGCUUGGAACUGUGUGGCCCCCUUUCUUUUAGAAAAAAAGAGUCAUAAUUCUGUUGAAUAAUUCAAAGGGGUGAAAUUGAGAGGCUCUAGAGUUUCGACAGGUUAUUGUUCCUGGGCAAGGUCGCUGAAGGCUAGUAAAAGUGAACUCUUCGUGCAGGGUUCUGUUCAGUCAGGGCAUGGUCCACUGCUACAACAUCAUCGCACACACACACUCGUGUAUGCAUGGACACACACAUGAGGUCAACCAUACUGUAUGCACAGAGUGAAGGCCAUUCGGGAGGAGGAUGCCACGCCAUAAACUCAUCGCAUCUGAAAGUGACGUGAGCAUUGAGGUGGAUGAAGGGAAGGAUAAUGAAUUCAGCCUUUACUACGUGGAAGUUGAGGAAAACUCUAAGGGAGGUAAGGAGAAGCAGGUGACGCGAGAUGGCAAACGGAGAAGAGAGAGAAAUGGUGAAGUUAGCAGGAGAAGAGCUUCAGAGAAGAGAUCAACUGAGAUGGGUAAUAAAAGAGCAGAAAAGAAACAUGAGAAACACCACAAAACAACAAGGAAAGAGGGCGAGAAACACAGAAAAAGGCCAAGAAGGAGUGCAGAUGAACAGGAGGCUGAGAAUGAAUCCAGCAAAGAGAAAAAGAAUAUUAAAAAUGAAAGAACCAAGACAAUAAAACUGGAAGAUGAGCAGGAAAAAGAUGUGAAGAAAAAGAGAAAGAAGCACGUUAAAAAUGAGGAGGACGAUGCAAAUCCUGGAAAGACAAAACAGAAAGAUUGUCAGGAGGUUGCCUUGAAAGAAAAGAAAAAGAAAAGGAAGAAGCCAGAGACUACCUCAGAAUCUGAGUCACAAUCUGAAUCGAACUCUGAGUCUGAGUCAAAAGACAAUCCGGCGGUGGGAGUUUUGGGGUUUCUGACCCCCGAGGAGCUGGAAAAGUUAAAAGAAGCGGUGGAUGAAAGGAAAAAGCUGAUCACCACACUGAAAGGAAAACCCUGGCCCAUGAAGAAAAAACUAGUUAUCCUUCGGGAGUCACAAGAGUUUGUGGAGAAGUAUGAAGGGGCUUUGGGAAAAGGCAAAGGCAGGAAACUAUACGCCUACAAGGUCCUGAUGAUGAAGAAAUGGAUGAAGUUUCAACGUGAUCUUGAGAACUUCAAGACUGCCUGCAUCCCGUGGGAGAUGAAGAUAAAGGAAAUAGAAAGUCAUUUUGGUUCAUCAGUUGCCUCUUACUUUAUAUUUCUGAGGUGGAUGUAUGGCAUCAAUAUGAUUUUAUUUGGACUGACAUUUGGGUUAGUAAUGGUUCCAGAGGCUCUCAUGGGAAAACCGUAUGGUAGCAUGCCCCGGAAGACAGUGCCCAGGGUGGAAGAGGCCAGUGCUAUGAAUUUUGCAGUCUUAUGGGAUUUUGGGGGUUAUGCUAAGUACUCAGUCCUCUUCUAUGGCUACUACAAUAACCAGCGGGCCAUCGGGUGGCUCAAAUUCCGCAUGCCCCUGUCCUACUUCUUGGUGGGAGUGGGUACAGUGGCGUAUAGCUACAUGGUGGUAAUCAGGACUAUGGCCCGCAAUGCCAAUGAAGAAGGAGGGGGAGAUGACACCAGUUUUAAUUUCAGUUGGAAGACAUUUACUAGUUGGGAUUACCUCAUUGGAAAUCCUGAGACCGCAGACAACAAGUUCGCUUCCAUCACCACUAGUUUUAAGGAGGCCAUUGUGGAGGAGCAAGAGAGCAGAAAAGAUGACAACAUCCACCUGACGAGGUUCCUUCGAGUGCUGGCCAACUUCCUGGUGCUCUGCUGUCUGGCAGGGAGUGGGUACUUGAUCUACUUUGUAGUACGCAGGUCUCAGAAGUUUGCUCUGGAGGGACUGGAGAACUACGGCUGGUGGGAGAGGAAUGAGGUGAACAUGGUGAUGUCUCUGUUGGGGAUGUUCUGUCCGAUGCUGUUCGACGUGAUCAGUACUUUAGAAAACUAUCAUCCACGCAUUGCCCUCCAGUGGCAGCUGGGACGCAUUUUUGCCCUUUUCCUGGGGAACCUCUACACGUUCAUCAUCGCUCUCAUGGAUGCCAUCCAGCUAAAGAGGGCUGAAGAGGAGAUCGUGAAGAAGAAUAUGACAAUUUGGCAAGCUAACCUGUACAACGGGACUGUGCCAGACAACUCAACUGCUCUUCCGAUCACAGUGCACCCUGCUGAUGUUCCCAGAGGGCCUUGCUGGGAGACAAUGGUUGGACAGGAGUUUGUUCGUCUCAUUAUUUCUGAUACAAUGACGACUUACAUCACUCUGCUAAUUGGGGAUUUCUUCCGUGCCGUACUGGUGCGAUUCCUAAACAACUGCUGGUGCUGGGAUCUGGAGUAUGGCUUUCCGUCCUAUUCAGAGUUUGACGUCAGUGGGAAUGUUCUGGGGCUGAUCUUCAACCAGGGAAUGAUCUGGAUGGGGGCAUUCUACGCUCCAUGUCUUCCAGCAUUAAAUCUUCUCCGGCUUCACGUGUCCAUGUACCUGCAGUGUUGGGCCGUGAUGUGUUGUAAUGUGCCUCAGGAACGGGUCUUCAAAGCUUCAGGCUCCAGUAACUUCUACAUGGCCAUGCUGCUGGUCAUCCUCUUCCUCUCUACACUGCCGGCUAUAUACACCAUUGUCUCCAUUCCUCCCUCUUUUGACUGUGGACCUUUCAGUGGGAAAAACCGGAUGUUUGACGUGAUUCAGGAGACCCUGGAGACAGACUUUCCUGCCUGGAUCGGUAAAGUAUUCAGUUACGCCUCGAACCCCGGACUGGUGCUGUCCUUUCUUCUGCUUCUGGUUCUUGCGAUAUAUUAUCUGCAGUCCACUUCUAAAACGUACAAAAGGGUCAACAUGGAGCUGAAAAAGAAACUUCAAACUCAAAAUGAGGAAAACAAGAAAAAGAACAAACUCGCAGCCUUAAAAGCAGCUAAUGAACUGGAGCAGGCGAAGAAAGCAGGAGAACAACGCAGAAACAGCGCUUCCGAUCUGGGAGUGAAUGAAGAAAGCAGCAGCAUAGAUGAAGCAGGGCAUCGCAGACAACCUGGACAGAAUGGCCGCUUCAUUCACCCCUCACAGAGUCAUCAUACUCAAAACUCUGAACCUCCCGUCUCCUCGACCCACACAACCACCAGACCCCCUGCAUCCCGGGGCCACACAGCUUCUGGACAUCUUCCAGGUCACCCACAGAAAAACGCUCACUCAAACAGAAGAUAAACAGCACAGAUGUAAAUAGAUAAACAGAUGCAUCUGUAUGCUGCAUGCACAAUAUUUAGCACGUAUAUGACCAUCUUUAUUUCUUGUUGAUUCAGUAUAAAUCCUGUGCCCAGGCCUGCCGCACAUAUCAUGAAUGUGUCAGUGGAUCUCAAGGACUCGGUGGCUAUGUAACUCUAGAAUGAUAAGUCUUAUCUCUGUGAAAGAGAAAUGACUGCUCUUGUUACACGCAGGCCAAGCUAGGGUCAAACUAUUUUCUGCAUUUGUUGUUUUUUAUAUUUAUUUUUAGUUUUAGAAAUAUUUGCUGGAUUGUUGGUUUACUUACCAAAUUGCAACUAAUUUAUUAAACUACAGCCGAAGUUCAGGGGCGUUUCUAACCUUUAAUCAGUACUGGGACACAGGCUUCCCUUUCAAAUAAGUGUGCUCAUAUUUUCAAAAUCACUUUUACCUGUACAGAGUUGUUCACACAAGCUGCACACGCAAUAAAGAGCUGCUUUGUCAUUAAACAAA